CAGAACAUGUGACAUAAAGUGCACUAUGGAAGAGGAAAGUGCAAUUAAUUUAUCUGAAACCUGCACGAAAUCGCAAGUCGAUGAAGUUAUUAAAUCGCAAACUGAUCAAAAAACAUGUAGUGAAAGUGCAGAGCAAUUUAGUGGGAAACAAAUUGUAAACGGUGAUAAGGAUGAUAAUGGCGAUGACAAGAACGAGAGUGGAGUAGUUCUUGAAGAGAAUAAUAUAACUAUAGAAGUUAAAGAAUCUGUGGUCGAAAAUGAAACAUGUGAAGUUAACGACGACGCACGUUCACUUGGUGACCUAGACAGCUUGCCAGCAGGAGAUGAAUUAGCUUUGGGUGCUGCUGGAAGUGAUAGUGGAGUAGAAGGAUGUGGUCGUGCUCUGAGUAGCGGCGGAGGUUCUAGAUCAUGCGCUUCGAGUGUAGUAUCAUGUGGUUCUGGAUGUGGCUCCGAAAGUUCUUCUUUAACGGGCGCUCCGCCGCGACCUCGGCGUCGUGUUAACGUUACCAUGACUGAGCCCAAGAGAAACUCCCCCAUCGGAACUUCUACUCCACGUCCAGUUACCGCUCCGCGAGGCCCUAACCUUGCCACUCGCGAAAGGGCAAGAAGUCGCGAAAAACCCAUUCCGCCUGAAAAACCUAGACCUCUAACGCCUAAACCAAGAAUCCGUCCGACGGCUGACUUGCCAAAUCUAGUCCGUGAAAGCCCUGCAUUACGUGCCAAACCAACGAAAACCUCCACAGCUAGAUGUAGAACACCAAAUUCGCCCAGCGAAGAAAAGAGAUGGCCCGCAAACGGACCACGAUUGACACCAGUCUCCGAUGCCAAUGCAACUCGUGUUGCUGCUGAUAAAUAUGGAACAUUACCACGGAGAAGAAGGGAUGCAGAAACUGAUGCAUCACCUAAACACGAGAGUACACCACCGUCAUCCAGGAGGCCUACGAUCACACGAUCGGUUUCGUCGAGAUCGACGACGAAAACUCGUGUAAGAAUAUACGCUGAAAAAACUUCACAAACUGUGUUACUGGGAUCUGAUGUUGAGUCAGCUCUAGCUGGAGUUAUACCUAAUAUUGAUAAUCGUGUCGAGGUGACUCGAUGCCAUCGCGGUGUGCAGGCAAGCGCCCGAGAUGUUGAAAUGGCUCGAUUGACUGCGGCGGCAGCAACGGCAGAAGCGGCGGCAGCAGAGGAACGGGAGCGAAGGCUCCAAGUGGAAAGCCUGUUGGCAGUGGAACGAGCCGCUCGGCUCGCUGCCAUCGCUGAACUUGAAAGAAACUCUCAACGGCUAUUAGAACUUGCGGGCGCUAGUGCAGACGCAGGUGCAGAGAACUGUCUACGAGCUUUAGAGGAGCAAUUACGGUCGGCGGGCGAGUUGGCAGCGCGACAACGGGCCGAGAUCGACUCGUUGCGAGAGCAGUGCUCCAAACUACAAGUAGAGUCAUGUGGUGCUAGGGAAACGGCGAGGUCUUUGGAGGCGCGGCUAACAGAAGCAGAGCGCGAGGCGGCCGAGAUGCAAGAUUUCCUAGCGGCUGAGACCGCUGCCCUAGGGGACUCGUUACGAGAUGCUGAACAAGAAGUGGUCCGACUCAACGCUGAACUCGAGAAGAGACGCGCGGAGUGCCGUCAGCUAGUGCGCAUGUGCGAGCAGCGCCGGCAGGAGGCGCUGGCGGCGGCGGCGCGCGCGCGCUCCGGCGGCGGCGCGGCGCACGCGCUGGACGCCCUGUCGCGCCGCCUGCGCGCGCUCACGCACGCCGUGCGCGCCGCCUACGCACUGCCACGCGACGCCCUCCACCCGCCCGUCUACCACAACGACGUGUACAGCCGCAGUGACAGCGGCGAGGCGUUAUCACCGGAGGAGGAGGCUCGCGGCCUCCUGGCGGCGGUGACGCGCGCCCUGCGCACUGCGCAGCCGCCGCCCCAACACACUCAACAGCAGGACGACGAUCGGUCGCGGAUAUCAGACGACAACGAUAACUCCGCUGAUCUGCUAGACUCCGAAACGGAACCGUGUCUGGUCACCGAUCCUGAUUGCGCAGAGGAGUGGUGGUCAGGAGCUGAAGGCGCUGGCGUCUGGAGCGGCGACGAACUGUCACCAGAACAGGAAUCCGUCGGAGAAGAUAAAGAUGCAGAGUCAGCGUCGGCAUCCGAGAGGGAAUCGUUACGCAAUUUAUCAGCGGCGAUCGCGCAGCGGCAGAGGUCAGAGGCGGAGGACUUCGAGCGUGGGUCACUCGUGGAACGAGUCGUGGCGCUCGACGCGAGACUCGCGGACCUCACGCGAGCCCUCCACGCCGCCGCACGCACCACCGACGCGCCCGGCGUCCGGCUGGCCACCGCGCUCAGAGACAAGAUAGACGUGACAGAGAAGAACGUCGCUGAUGUAGUUGUAAAGAAACUGGCUGAACUUGACGCCAGCAAGAACAUGAUGGAACAGUACCGGCAAUCUGUAGAGGUGCUCAAAAAGCAGCUAGCACAAACAGGUGAAGAGGAUGAUUUGGAGUUUAUUGAGGAGGAGUUAUCCACGUGCAGUGAAGACGAGCGUCGCGCCCGCUACGAAGCUCUGGACGCGGCGGUGGCGGCGUUGAACAGUCGCGCGGUGACGCGUGCGUGGCCGCGGCUGUCCGCGCUGCAACUGCGGCUGGAGCGGCUCGCCUUCGCGGCCGCCGCGCCCCCGCCCCCCGCCGCGCCCCACCCGCCCCCCGCCGCGCCCGCCCUCCUGCCCACCGGCGCGUGA